AUGCCGCUUCAUAUUCCUGAUGAGAUCUUGAAUCACAUCAUGUGUUAUCUCGUCCCUGUGCUGCCUUCAAAACCCCGCUCAUGGCGAUAUGACCCUUCUCUGCGACCGAUCGACUUGGCUUCUCUUUGUCUGGUAAGCCGAAGGUUUCGCCAUAUCGCCCAACCUCUACUCUACCAUACUAUCGAUAUUACACACAGUACCACUGUAACGCGCUCCGAAAAGGGCCGGAAACGCCUCAUGUGGCCAGGAUUUCUCCUUAGAACGAUAGUGAAAGAUCCACGCCUAGCAAAGUAUAUCCGUGUCCUGGCCAUGGAAGAUAGCUUAUAUAUCCCUGAAACGCCAGAUACGGCAUUUCUCCCUGAUACGUCGUCGAAUGACUUCCCUUGGGAUGUUCCGCGUUGUAUCCGAUCCAAGUUAGAACCGGAAAUAGCCUACAAUGGUUCUAAUGUGCCACCUAUCGCAUUGCUGCUGUACGCUACUAUGGUUGAGAAGAUCUUUCUCUUCCCUAGCUCUCCGGACGGUGUUGAAGUCAGGUGGAUCGUGACAUCAUGGCAACCAAAUGGUCGAUCUCAUUACUAUGCAGUCGAGUUUGGCUCGGACCAGCUCCUCGAGCUAGGUCCGUUUGCCAAUUAUGGUCUUCCCUGCCUGGAUGAGCUCUAUGUGGAUCAAGAAGACGACGAAAAUUGGCCUAUCGACUUAUUAGACUUUCUAAAGAAGCCAGGUCUCUCUAUAUUUCAUCUACAUCAUGUACGAUCAUCUACGAGUCUCUUUGUCCCUCAGCCUCUUGAAGACUCAUUAUCCAGUGUACAUGAUUUAAAGCUUAGCGACUGCUAUAUGGAGUCACAAAGUCUGGAAAACAUCCUUCGAAGUUGUCCAAGGCUCAAAGUCUUCAGUGUUCAUGUGACCAAGGUAGAGCAGGCUGAGCAGUCCUUUCAGCGAUCAGAUCCUAAUAUAUUUUGGACGAUUAACCUUGAACAUAUCGGCCAAGCUCUACGGGGUUUCGGGGAAAAUUUGAUCGAUCUACACCUUGAUUUCUCAAAUUUUAAGUUGGCACGUCCCAUCACCGGUCGAAUUGGGCCUUUGUGCAGCAUGCCGAAACUCCGCCAUAUACAAUGCUAUAGGAACGACUUAAUCCUCGCUCAAGAACUAGGCGAGGAACAAGAGGAGAAUGAUUUGCCGUUGGAAAGCGUUUUGCCAUCAUCAAUCGCAACACUUAACAUCAAUUACAUGGAACAUGAUAUUCUACUGUCACCACCAAGAAACGAAAUAUCUGCAGAAAUAGAGAACAUCCUAUCCAGUAGGCGUCUGCAGUAUCUCGAACAGGUCCGAAUUCAAAGAUAUAUCCCUGGCACUCAGGACGAACCGAUCUUGUUUCAAACCGAGAUGCCUGGUUGGUCCUUUGACUUCAACAAAACCCCCUACAAGGAUCAAAAUGGGUUUAUUGAGUACCUAUGUUUUGAUCGGGUUGGGUAA